CUGUUAGAAAAGGUUCUAAAAUUUACUUCACGCGUCCUUUUUAAAAGCUCACGUACAUAAUGUCACUUGAUGAUAUAUCUUGUGUGUCAGCAGUCGCAUCAGAACCUCUUUAUUCUUUGAGAUCGAGCUCGUCUAGUUUAGAUGCAGAGCCAUCAUUGGAUCCAUGGGUAUGCAGAUGGGAACGAAAUGAUUUGGAGAAGAAUUUGCAGAUUUACUACCAAGAUGAUUACAUGGAGUCCCCAUCGGAUAUGUUCAGUAAUAUAAAAAUGGAUGAGAUGACCAAUGAGCAACGUGACUACUUUGAAAAAGUGAAUGAAUAUUUACUUCCUAUCGACGGUAGAAUUGCAACUAUGGAUAGAUUUAAAUACUAUCCAGAGAAGUUCAUGACAGUUUUAGAUCAGAUUUCUAACAACUUGGGAAAGAGAGAACCCGAGGAGUUUGUUAGACUGAAAGUAAUGAAGUUUCUAAGAGUAUUAACAAAUCUUGUGGGGAAGAUAAGUAAUCAUAAACAAGUUUAUGAAGGAAGUUUCAUCAAGCUACUAGCCAGUUUUGCUGAGAUGUGUUGUUUACAUCCAGAAAUUUCUAUAUCUAAAGAAGAUGAAGCUGUCUGGAAAAAUCUUCAUGGAAUAAAUAGAGUUGUCUCUAAGCCUGUUAUACGCUUGUACAAACAUGGAAUUAUGACAAAACCUGAAGUGAGAACAAGUGAAAUGGUUGUGUCCGUUAAGGUAAAGAAAGAUUUUAUUAAAGAUCCUGAGGAGUUAGAAAUGCAACUAAGGCUAAUGGAAAGUACUCACUUAAGCAAUUCAUGCAGCUCAUUAUCAAGUAAUGAAAGUUAUGAUGGAAGUAUUCCAAGUAUAGAGAUUGAUUUGAAUAAGGAAGUUUUAGGUCAGCAUGCUGGAGAAUUACUCUUAGAUUUGUAUGAAUGUCAUAGAAGUGUUGAUGCUCCAAUCCUGACUAUGCCUGGAAUGAUAGUAGACGGAACAAAGGUAUAUAUGACUCUAUUUGAAAUAUCAAACAAUCAUUUUAGAAAGUUAGAAGGAAAUCAGGAACUAACCCCCGAAGACAAAGCUACAAUUUAUUACUCCAAGCCUUUAAAUAUACUGCAGGAUGAUGAGCGUAGUAUCCUGAUGGAGAUUUUUAUUAGACUAAAUAAUAUUGAAUUCUAUACAUAGAAACGAACAGUGAAGGAAGCUUUCAGUUAAUGUUACAGGAAACUUCAAUAUAAAGGAUUAAAGAGGAAACCACUGACAAAUUUUAGAACAACAUUAAAAUUUAAGAGGGAAGUUGACUCAUGUAAAAAGUAUCUUAAGAAGAAACCGGACUUGAUGAUGGAGUUGUUUCAAAUGGACAGAGUUUUAUUCAAUAGCUAUGUACUGGCCAGUGGGUACUUUAAUAACUGCAUAAAGUAUUUGACGGAAUAAUAUGCUGGGCUACUGUUAAAAGUACAAUUCCUUAAUUGGAAAUCACAGUAUUUCGUCUUAUAACAAGGUCAUUUUGUUAUAAGGAUACAAUUAUUUGUGUGUAAGGGCAGUGGAAUUUAAUUAAUGGCUGAAAUUGAUUUUUGAAUGUAGUGAUACAUACACAGAUUACACCAGAUAUUUAGUGGUGAAUGAGACAAAAUUUUUCUAUGCUGAAGACUGUUUAGUUUUCAUAUUUAAGAAACAAUGUAUAUAAAAUUUAAUUUCUGUCACAUGUCCAAUAUCCAUGACCUCAAUUCAUGGUACAGUGACUGCUGGAAAUAAAAUUACAUUUUUUUUUGUCAUUUGAAUUGAUACUAUAUACUGUAUACUUAAUGUGAUAUCUUUAGUAAAACCUUUAUCUGUAAGAAUUUCAACAUAAAAUCAAUGGUCAGUAUAGCAGGCGAGACGUUUCAAUGUGUGCACUCUUGUUUUUUUAUAUCCUAUUGACCCUCCAUACUUUUUAGCUUACCUGAGCUUUUCUCAUCACUUGGUGUCGUUGUUGUCGUCUGUCGUCAUUAAAAUUUUACAAAAAUAUUCUUCUCUGAAAUUACUGACAAAUUUUACCAAACUUGGCCACAAUCAUCAAUAGGGUAUAUAGUUUUAAAAAUGUGUCUGAUGACCUUGCCUGACAAUCAAGAUGGCGGACAUGGCUAAAAAUAGAACAUAGGGGUAAAAUGCAGUUUUUUGCUUUUAUCUCUAAAGCAUUUAGAGCAAAUCUGACAUGGGGUUAAAAUGUUCAUCAGGUAAAGAUCUAUCUACACUGAAAUUUUCAGACAAAUCAGUCAACCUCUUGUGGGUUGCUGCCCCUGAAUUGGUAAUUUAAGGAAAUUUUGCAGUGUUUGGUUAUUAUCUUGAAUAUUAUUAUAGCUAGAGAUAAUCUGCAAACAGCAAUAAUGUUCAGCUAAGUAAGAUCUACAAACAAGUUAGCAUGAACAAAAUUGUCAAUUGAUCCCUGAAGGAGUUAUUGCCCUUUAUAGUCAAUUUUUAACAAUUUUUUCGUAAAUUUUUGUUAUAUUUUUCAAAAAUAUUCUCCUUUCAAACUACUGAGACAAAUUUAACCAAACUUGACCACAAUCAUCAUAAGAAUAUCUAGUUUUAAAAAUGUCUGAUUACCCUGUGUUCCAACCAACAUGGGUGAUAUGGCUAAAAAUAGCACAUAGGGAUAAAAUAAGUUUUGGGGUUAUGUCUCUGAAACUAAAGCAUUUAGAGCAAGUCUGAACUUGGGGUAAAAAUCUACUUCAGGUUAAGAUCUAUCUGCCCAUUAGAUUUUCUGACAAAUCAGACAACCCUUUGUUGGUUUGUUGCCCAGAAUUGGUAAUUUUUAGGAAAUUCAAAGGUUUUUGGUUAUUUUGAAUAUCAUUUUAAAUAGAGAUAAACUAUAAACAGCAAUAAUGUUCAGCAAAGUAAGAUCUACAAAUAAGUAAACAUGACUAAAAUAUUAAAACUGCACCAGCUGAACUUUGUAAACAGCAGGGAGUUCAAUCUUUCAAUUCAUGGGCUAUAAACUCUUUCCAGAUGUGUUAUGAAAUUAUUACCACCUUUUUUUUAUCGUUUUUUAUUGAAAUCUGUACAUUUGAUAGUGGAAAACAUCAAGUACUGGUAUCAUAUCCAGGCGUCGUUAACAUUAAUAAAUAACAUAUUUAUACAGCUGUUAGUUUUUGUUUGUAUCAUACAUACAAUUUUCCAUACUUAAAAAUAUUAUAUACCAUGUCAGUAAUAUCAAAAAAGAAGCUUACCAUUAAGAUUAUCAAACAUAGAAUUAUCUAAUAUAACAAAUACAUGGGUUAUGAAAAAUACAUAAUUUGUGUUGUUUUAGUAGUAAAAUAAAAAGAUAUAUAAGAUAUAUGUUUAAAGUAUGUCUGUAGAUUUUUUUGAAUUCAAAUAAGGAAAAAAAACAACAACAAAAAACAACAAAAACCACAACAUUUGAACAAAAUCAACAACAACAAAAAAAAACAAAAAAUAAUUGAAAGAUAAAUAAUAAUCAGAUGAAUUUUAAAGAAAUUAUAAAAGUUGUUUUGUUUGUUUUGGUUAUUUAGUUGUUUUGUUUGUUUUGGUUAUUCAUUUGCACAGAUGUCAAAAUUAUGUAGUUCUUUCUCAUUUAAGAGACAAAAUAUCAUAUGACAAUUCUAUUUCUACUAAUUUAUGUACACAUAUACAAUGUAAAAAAUAACUGAUCAUUCACUGAAAAGGAUGGUAAAAAUAUUCCAACUCUUGUAAAAAAUAUCUACUCUUUUAUCUUUAACAGCAAUUAAAUUUUCAAUGCUGUAUAAAGAUUUUAUUUUCCUUUGCACUGCCUGCAAUGUUAAAGCUUUCUUAAAAUAUUUGCAGUUAAAAAUAUAUUGUUUUAUUUGCAAAUAAAUCAAACUUGCAGCAUUCCCCCUAAAUGAUUUUGUAAUAUCCCCAAACAGAAAAUGUUUUAUGGUAAAUGGAAAACUUAUACCAUUAGACAAAAACCAUGAGUCAAUUUCAUCAAUGAAUGUUUGAACAAUCUCACAAUUCCAAAAUAAAUGUACAAUAGUUUCUACUUCUUCUUGGCAAAAAGUACAAUUUGGAUUGUCAGUGACAUUAAUUGUAUUCAAAAGUUUAUGCUGAUUUAUUCUGUAUUGUAACCACUGCAGUUUGGUAUUUUUUGUGACUAUAAAAGGUAAUUUAAAAAUUAAUCUCCAUUCAUUUUUCAUCUACAUUUAAAAUUUAAUCCCAUUUUUUCUGACCCGUUGAAACUAUAUUAUUUCUAAUUAAUAGUGAAAACAUGUCUUUAGUUCCCCUUUAGCUUUUAAAAGAAAUCAUGGGAAACGAAGGAAUAAAUGGAGUGACUAGUUUAUAAUUAUCAAAAACAUAGUCCUUUCUUGCAUUCUUUACAGCAGAAAUUAUGCUGUUAUAUUUCAUAACAUUUCUGUAAUUUUAAAUGUUUCUUCUAACUGUUCUAAACUGAGAAUUUUUGCAGCAUCUGAUACAAUGUCAUUAAUGAAAAAUAUACCUUUAUUAAACCAGUUUUUAUAAAAAUACAUGUUUAUUUUCUAUUUUUAUACAAUUAUUCAUCCACAGUGGGCUUGACAUAAAAUAUUCCCAUGUAUUGUUUUCAUCUUUAUAAAAAUCAUGCCAAAAUUUAUUUUUCAUAUUAACUUUAAUAUUUGACAGAUAACCAUUUCCUAAUUUAAAUAAUUUUUCUUGAUUAUAUAUUUUUUUCCAUUUAUUGUCAGAUUGGAAAAGUUUUCUAACCCAUGUAGAUUUGAGGGCUGUGAUGAAGGAGCUAAAGCAGAUCAUUUUCAAUCCACCUUCAUUGUAAUCUUUAUGCAACAGCUCUUUCUUGACUCUAUGAACAGGUGAAUUCCACAUAAAUGUAAAAAUAAGCUCAUUGCUCUUUUUCACAAGUUCUUGAUUUGGAUUUGGCAAUGUAAUUAUAAGGUGAUUAAGGACAGGUAAAAUCAAAGUUUUCACAACUGUAAUUUUACCUAUUACUGUAAGAUUUCUUUUUGACCAUAUCUGAAUUAGAUUUUUUAUCUGCACAACCCUCUCAUUAAUAAUUAAUGUCAAUCAUUUUAGCAAGAUCAACAUCAAAAUUAAAUUAUAUAAUAAAUACCCAAUAACUUAAAAGAUCUUGUACCCCAGGAUAAAUUUCUGUUUGGACAAAGUUUAUCACUACAGUAUUUUUUACUCCCAAUCCAAACUACCUGUGUUUUAGAAAAGUUUAUAAUAAGCCCGGAAAGUUUUGCAUUCCAAUCUUAAUUCAUUUAAAGGUUCAUUUAAGGACUGUUCACUUCCAUCUAAAAUAAGUGAAGUAUCAUCAGCAAACUGUGAUAACUUAUGUUCUAUCCUAGUCACAGUUAUGCCAGUGAUAUUUCUAUUCCCCCGUAUUCAAAUUGCCAAAAUUUCUGCACAAAGUACAAAAAGGUAUGGUGAUAAGGGGUCCCCUUGUCUACAGCCACGUCCUAUUUGAAAAAAAGUCUGAAAGAUUUCCCCCCUGAAUGACUGCAGAUGAGAUAUUAUUAUAAAAUACCUUAACUCAGUUAAUAAUAGAUUCACCAAAAUUGAAAAAUUGCGAAACUGACACCAGAAAGUCCCAAGAUAGAGAAUCAAAUGCUUUUUCAAAAUCAAUUAAAAGCAAUAAACCUGGACUGUUAUGUUCUUCUGUAUACUGUAAAAGACCAUAAAUCAAGCCAGUUUGAUCUAAAUCAAUCAGUUUGUCAAAACCUUUUUUUAAAUCUACUAGCAACAACCCCUGAACCAAUUUUCUAUACGGUAUUCAGCAAAGAGAUAGGUCUACAAUUUUUAGGUAAAGAUUGUAUGAAAUGCAGUCAAAACCCGAUGGGACUGACUUGAUAUCUAAAUCUUCCAAGGCUAAUCACUACUUUUAAGAUACACAAAAUAUAGUACAUUGAUCAUAACAUUGUAUACAUCCCAUCCAUGAACAUUAGAAAUUUAUCAAUGAAAAAAACACUUGGAUAUUCAAGUCACAAAAUGAUGUUAUACUUUUAAAGAAAAUUAUAUAAAAUUUGCAAGGUGGAGGAAUCUAAUAUUUGUUCUAAAAAUAUAAAUGAUGUCAUUGUUAGAGUCAUCUUUAAAAAUUGAAGUUAUCUUCCUUUGUCUAGAAAUGUAAUUGAAUCAACUUCAACCAAUGAUUUAUACAAUGCAGUAUUUAAUUCGACUUCCAAUUGAUGAAUGAAAGCAAUCUUUACCCUUCAGUGCUAACAAGCACUUUGAUUCAGUAAAUGUCUCGGUUUAUUGUCUUUUUGUAAGCAUGUAAUGAUAAUAUUACCACCUUAAUGCCUUCUUGGAGUUUGAUUUUGGAAAACUAUGAGAAGUAGCUGAAAACAAUGGAGUCAUUUGAUAGCCACUUCGUUAUCAGUAAAAACAGUAGGUAUUAACUUUUACAUGCAAAGGUAUUUCAGGAACAAAAGGGAUAUGGUCAAAAGAAAUCUGGUCUAUAAAAACUAGGUCACUGCUUUGUCAGAAAUCUGAAAACCCGGCUUAGCAUGGACGUGUUGCAGUAACUGCAAGGUUAUAAUUGACAAGAAAUACAGUUUUAUCAAUGUCCACAUCUCAAGGUCGUAAUAAAAUCGUAAAAUAGACUAAAAAUAUAAAUUUUACAGCUAGGCUGGGCUGAUAGCACCCUUUAAAAACAUUCAAUUAUGACCCCAGGCCAUUUAAUUUUUGUCUCGCCUGCGACAAAUGUCCAAGAAUGCGAGACACAGAGAAAACAAUCCGGCGGCGAUGACGUAAGUUACUUUUUUUUUGUAUGAAGUUUUACAUUUUUUAACAAUGGUAGAAAACAUGGAUUCUUCAUACUUGUAUGCAGUCGGGCAUAUGUUCAUUGUUCUUGACCUGAUUAUCAAGGUUCAUUAACUUUGUUUAUGAUAACUAUAUUUGGUAUAUGGAUUCCUUGCAAGGUAUACAAGUCCAUCAGACCUGAUUCACCUAGCCUCGUCCUCAUUUCAUGGAUCGGGUUUAAAGGUCAAGUACGUAUCUCAGUUACUAUCAGCAACAAAUCCAAUAUAUAUACUAUUUAUGUCUAAACCACUCUUAAUAUUUCAUAUUUGAAUAUGAUUGAUCGUGUUAUUUUCAUUUUUCUGAUAUGAGGGUAGCAGUUAAAGUAUUCAUUCAUUUGACGGGUCAUGGAUAAUUUGAGGUCGAUUUCACUGGACUUUAAUUUCGAGAUGGUAACAGUAUGUGCAGUAAAAUUUAAAUUUGUAAACGAGUUCAUGUCUUAAAAUGGCAUUAAGUUUGAUAACGUAUGAAGAUUGUUUGUAUUUAUUUUAAUGAAAAAGUCAACAUUGAAUAUUUUUUAAAUUUAUCGUAAAAAAUGCCGUUUUUUUUUCUUAAAAUCUUUAAACUUUGUU